AUGCAUUUCUCCACUCUCGUCACCAUUACCCUCUCCGUCUUCAGCGCCCAGGCGAUUGCAAAGGAUUGCAAGAGUGGUCUUGCAUACUGCGGCGGAGAUUUGCUCACUAUUGGCAAUUAUAAAGACACCAUCAUGCAAAGCCUCCAAAGUAGCGGCCUCACAGCCGACGAUGAUCACAUUUACCACGGGCUCUUCACAUGCGCUGAAGGUGGUUUGCUGAAAGAUACCGUUUACUGCGACAAAGGCUGUUGGUUGGCUGGAAGUGACAGUCCAAAUAGUGAUGACUGUUACCAGUGA